AGGAAGAACUUUUUUUUUGCUGCCGAUGCAUCCUGUGCCUCUCCAAUACCACUAAGAGCUUUUUUAUAUCUGUAUUUUUCUCCUCAUUACUUCGACUCUUGGUGAUUAUUCUGGAUGGAAAUAGGAUACUUCAUGCGAGGUUAUUACCACAUGUAAAGACGGAACCGCUACGGCAAACCAUCACAGGUUCGGAAGAGCGCGCCCAGCCGAGCUCGGAGCCCCGGCGAUCGGACACUUCCACAGCGACGCCCGCCGAGUCCUCCCCGCUCCAGGAGCCCUGUCCCGGCCGCAGCCACGCCAUCCCUCAAUCCCGGACACCCAGCACCAUUCAGCGCGAAGCUCUUUCACCAGACAUGCCCUGUGUGCAGGCUCAGUACGGGCCCGCCCCUCCAGGCUCUGCCUACUCUGGCCAGUCCUUCGGUUACCAGGGCGACAGCUACAGCUCCGACCUCAUGACCCCUGACUACACCAAGCUGGACCUGGGCGGGGGUGAGAUCUCUGCCGCGGCCGCCACCACCUCCCUCCCCAGCUUCAACGUCUUUGUGGAGGGGAGCUACGAGCCCAAAUCCUCUUGCCUCUACCAGAUGCCGGCACACAGGCCCACCAUCAAAAAGGAGGAGGAGAGCUACCCGACUGGUCCGGCACUGGAGGCCAUGUCCUCCUCCACCUUGUACUUUAAACAGUCUCCCCCCUCCACUCCCACUACCCCGUCCCUGCCCCCCCAGCCUGGCACCUCCUUCCUGUGGGACGAGCAUUCCCUGGCUCCUCCAUCGCACCCACACUCUCUGGGCUCCAGCCUGGAGACGGGCCCCCUCAAGUCGCCCCGCUUUCCGCACUUCUACCAGCACUCGCCACCCCACAGCGGCAGCAGCGUCGGCGGCUAUGAGAGUAUGGGAGCCGGACUGGUUCGAACCUCCUCCUCCUCCUCCUCCUCAUCAUCCUCGGUCUCCCAUCCUCACGGUCCCCCCCUGGAGCAACCCAUGUACCAGCUGCACCGUGGGGCUGGGGGCAGCAGCCUUGCCUUCCGCUCCCUGGCUCUUGGGCCCUGUGGCCCCUUACUAGGGGACAGCCUGCCCUCGCCUCCCCCGCGUGGCCCCCAAGGAGAGGGCACCUGUGCAGUGUGUGGGGACAACGCGGCCUGCCAGCACUAUGGCGUACGCACCUGUGAGGGCUGCAAAGGCUUCUUCAAGCGCACAGUGCAGAAAAACGCCAAGUAUGUGUGUCUGGCCAGCAAGACCUGUCCUGUGGACAAGAGGAGACGCAACCGCUGCCAGUACUGCCGCUUUCAGAAGUGUCUGAGCGUGGGCAUGGUGAAGGAAGUGGUACGUACUGAUAGCUUGAAGGGGCGCCGAGGCCGUCUGCCCUCCAAACCAAAGAGCCCCCUGCAGACAGAAGCGUCUCCUCCUUCUCCACCCCUCAGCCUGCUCUCCGCUCUGCUCAGGGCUUAUUCCCACUGCACGCCCCGUGACCUCGACUACAGCCAGUUCAGUGCUGCCGACCCUCCCUCCUCCUCCUCAGAUGCCGAGCACAUCCAGCUCUUCUACAGGCUGCUCACCAUCUCGAUGGAGACCACGCGGUGCUGGGCUGACCGGCUGCCCGGCUUCUCUGAGCUUCAGCGUGACGAUCAGAACCUUCUCAUAGACUCGGCUUUUCUGGAGCUGUUCGUCCUGCGACUGGCUCACAGGUCGAUGUUGUCAGAGGAUAAACUAGUGUUCUGUAACGGCUUGGUGCUGCACAGGUUCCAGUGCCUUCGUGGGUUCGGAGAGUGGCUGGACUCCAUCCGGGAUUUCUCCACCCACCUCCAGAGCCUAAACCUGGACGCCUCUGCCUUUGCCUGCCUGGCCGCCCUCGUACUGCUCACAGAGCAAGUCCCAGGUCUGAAGGACUCGAAGCGGAUUGAGGAGCUGCAGAAUAAAGUGAUUUGUUGUCUCAGAGACCACCUGGGCUGUGGCCCGUCUUCCUCCUCGUCUAAGGCUGCGCCCCCUCUGAGUCGCAUUCUGGGCUUAAGGGCAGAGCUCCGCUCCCAGAGAACCCAGGGCCUUCAACGAAUCUUCUACCUGAAGCUGGAGGAUCUGGUACCGCCCCCACCGUUGAUUGACAGGUUCCUGGACACUUUGCCCUACUGACAGCCCGGGCUGACCACACAGAGAAAGACCGACGUCUUGUCCUGUUCAGGCCUUUUCCCCCCGAAGAGCACGCACACACAUCCAGAAGAGAGACUCGCUCCCCUCUGAUUGACGCAGAGCAGAGAGAGCCAAUCAAAUGCUUUCAACGCAGCAGGACAACAAUCAAGAAUGCCUUUUCAGUCAAACGGACAACCAACUAAAUGCUUUACACCGGUAUAAAAGACUAUUACUCAAAUGCUUUAUCACUUUUUAUUUGAUCCUCCUGUUUUUCUCACAUCGGGGAGGCUGAGAAGGACGAUGGAAAAAUGACUUUUUACUGUCCUCUCUCCGUCUGGGUGGCAGCUCAUACAGCAAAAAAACAGAAUGAACACCAAGGUUUAUGAGUGCUGUUUAUCUGUGUUUUGGCCUGGCUCAUCCAGUCUGAGGACUUCUUUUUAGUAAGGAGGGAAGGGGAGGUGUCAUUGUGAUCGAAUGUUAUCAAAGCUGAAGAUGUCCCAGUGAAACACAAGUUGCUGUGUAUUCUACUUCCUCUGGCUGAAAGGAGGAAGAGGGCAUUUUCAUACCAAAAUGUACCGAAAUGUCAGAGGUCAGACAGUGUAAGCGCAGAUGUGCAGAAACAUCACACAGCAGGACACAGAUAUUUCAUAAACACAUGGAAGAGGCUGUUGGGCUCUUGAUUCCAAGUGCAAUUUCUUAAGUGCUAUCUCAUCACAAAAGGAAGAGACGGAGAAGGAACGGUUUAAUUUCAAACUCUAAAUUAUUUUAAUACAAAGACUUGUCCUGUACUGUCAGUAGCUAAAAGAAAAAGAGACAGUCUCCGUCGGGCUUUAGACAGCAGAGGAGAUACUGUGCACUAACAAUUGAUGACUGAGUCACCCAGACUUGAACUUGCUCUAGUAUGUUUUUUUAAUUUUUUUUUUUUUUAAUCAACUCAUUUUGAAAUCAUAGGUCAAGUAGGAGUAUGGAGGAAUGAACAUGGACAGAAAUUGGCUUUUGAAGCACUUACACCCUGAGAAGGGCUAGAGGCACAGACACACACCCUACCUGCUUGCCUGGUGGACGGCGGGGAGUCGGGGAGAGGAGGGUGCUCGACAGAUAGCUGUACGUCCAGGGGUGGAACAUUCCACAGUCAUGCUCUUUUUCUAUUUGUUUCUAUUGUGGAGGCCGUGUGAGAGUGUGGAGGACAUGGUUGCAUACUGUCUUUUUGUGUACGCUUAGAGAAGCCAGGAUCAUAUGCAUGGUGUGUUAUAAGCUGUCAAGAGCUGCCAUAGCCUGUCAAAAAAGCUCGACCUGUGUUUGUGUCUCAGACUGCGGCUCUAUGGGAAUCUCCCUGAGCCUCCACCACCCACUCACACACUCACAGCAACAGUUUGAAAUAUGAAAAAAAGCAAAUUAUAUAGAUAUAAAUAUAAAUAUAUAUAUAUAAAAAACUAAUAUUUUGAAGUGUUUUUAGCUUUUUCAAAUAUUGUGGUACGAGUUGUGCAUUGUUUUUUGAAGAAGAAACAAAAAAGAAAAAAAGUUGCUGUUUUUUCAAUGUCCCUCUUUGGUUUGAAUUUCCUGUUCAUUUUUUCUUUCUCUUUGGUUCACUGGAUUUUAUGUUCAGCACUUUGAAAUCAUAAAAUAGU